CACGGAGUCAUUGUCUCAAUCUUCACCAUGAUGAAUUUAAGAAUUCCACAAGUUCGCUACCUCGCCGCAAUUUUGGCUACAAUAUCUCUCAGCUUUGCCCUGUAUCCAGGCAACUCUUCGACGGACCAAAGUUCAAAGGUCUUCAACUUCCUUUACUUCUUCACAUUCGUGUCACAUUAUGGAGCACAAUUUUGGAUGACGUUUGUAGCAGGACUUCUGCUGUUUUUUAACCUACCACGUAUAUGGUUUGGCCACGUGCAAAGUAAACUGUUCCCGCUCUUUUUCUGUUUCGGGUUCGUCACGUCAUCAGUCACUAUAGCAACCUUUGUAUCUCGUCAUAAACAUGGCGACGACGAUGUAUUUAUACAGAUAGUCGCCCUAGUUGUGAGCCUAGGGGCAGACUUUAUAAACGCUUUCCUCCUCUCUCCUGUCAUAGUGGACAGUAUGCUAAUGCGAUUCUCAAUGGAGAAGAAGUCCGGCAAAGCUUACGAGAUCGGAUUCACCGACCUAUCUGACCUCCUUAUGAACCCAGAAUACGCAUGCGUCAAUAGAACCUUCCGGCUAUCUCAUGGAUUAAGCGGCGGGAUCAAUAUGAUCGGCUUGGCGGCAAAUACAUUCCAUCUGUACUACAUAGCCAUGACAAACAACGUCUGACGCGCUUUAAAGGAGCGCGGGUACUGUGUCACGCAUUUCCGGUACUUCCGAAACCAUACCGGAAGUUCGACACCAGACUGAGAGCCAUCUUAUCCGUACAGAAUUGAGUAUUGAAGGUCAUUGAUGGUAUUGGUAUCUUACUAAGAAAGUAUGGAAGUUCACCAAAUACCAAGUACACACACCAGUAAAUAGACAUUAAACGGACAAGAUGUGAGGGAUAGAAUUAUGCUAGUAUGACGUAGUGGUUCUGUUGUUGUAAACCCUGUUAACUGAUGGUAACUGGUGAUAACUUAACAAUUCUCUUGGAUUGACAAGAUUAAAGUAGCCGGUGUUUGGCCGUGGGGCCAUGGUCGUAUUCUCAUUGUAGGUUUCCAGAGGUCUCGCAAGUAAAAUCGUUUUCUUGGUCCAUAUUUAGCCAUCAGUUCAUUGACGUUAAGAUUGAAUUGUGUUUGACGUAUCAGCAUUUCCAUCGUUCUCUUACAAAUCCUGUGACAUACACCGUCUAUGAAUAGCAAUAGAACACAAAGAAGCGGCUCGAUGAUGCCACGAGACCGUAGGACCAUCCAAUGAUUGUAAAAACGAAUAUUCAAUGGUUUUACUUUAAAGAAAACAACACCAUGUGAAUCGUGCUUUGUGAUGUCUGAAAACCCUCGGUAAUCGAUCACUUGACUGGACUUUAAGUAUGAGUCGACUGAUUAGCCAACAUAUAUUACUUACAUAAGAUAGUACAGUAACUAAACCUCAAUAUUUUAAUAGACAUAUACAUUCCUAUGAAAUAUAUGUUCACAGUUUCUGUAUUGAAUAUCACCGAAUAAAGCAGAUGUUUGGUAAAUAAAUAUUUCUGUCUACUACA